AUGUCGCGAACAGUCGUUUCCAAAGGAAUCUUCCAUGGUCUUCCGACCUUUCCAGAGUACGACGGGAAGAAAUUGCGCAUCAUUGUGACAGGAGCGAAUGGUAUCUCGGGAUCGGCAAUGACCAAGGUGCUGAGUGAGGCUCCCGAGAGAUGGGAGAGGGUUUACGCUCUGUCACGUCGCCCUCCCUCCAGCCAGACUGCGCCUGGUGUCGAGCAUAUCUCGGCGGAUUUCCUUGAGAGCACCCCAGAACAGAUUGCUCAGAUUCUGAAGGACAAGAAUGUUGCAGCGGAUUAUGUGUACUUCGCAUCAUACAUCCAACCACCUCCCCUCGAGGGCCGGAGCUUGUGGAGCGACAUUGAAGAAUCGACCAAGCAGAACAUGGCCUUGUUGUCCAACUUCCUCGGUGCCCUGCCACUGGCAAACAUAUUUCCAAAGCGUAUCCUGCUUCAGACGGGUGCAAAGUAUUAUGGGUUGCAGAUUGGACCAACAGCGAUACCGAUGGAAGAAGAAGAUGCUCGGCACGGAAUCGAGGGGAACUUUUACUUUCCCCAGGAGGACCUCUUGGAGGAGUUUUGCAAAGACAACAACUGCAGCUGGGUGGUUACCCGGCCAUGCUUUAUUCUUGGCGCUGUUGAAAGCGCAGCCAUGAAUAUAUUGUGGCCUCUGUCGAUUUACGCAGCCAUUCAGGCCCAUCUGGGACUUCCUCUCGAGUUUCCAGCGGAUGUGGCGGCAUGGGACGCUGUCAAGCAGCAAUCGAUGUCCACUUUGAUCGCAUACCAUGCUGAGUGGGCACUUUUGACGCCCGAGGCCGGUAACAAGGCGCUCAACCAGUGCGACGAUAGUGCCUUUGCCUGGGGAAAGUUCUGGCCAACACUUGCCGACUGGUACCAAACAUCUGCAGGUCGACCAGCCACCAAUACUGACGCGUACGCAACGAUCACCAUGCCAUAUCCGGAUUCGCCUCGUGGAUUUGGCGGACCAGGGAUUGUGAAGGCGUCAUUUAGUUUCCUUGAGUGGAGCAAGAAGCCCGAAGUGUUGAAAGCAUGGGAGGAAUUGAAAGCAAAGCAUGGGCUCAAGUAUAGCCCCUUCGGUGAUAAGUCCAUGGAUACUUUUGGGCUCAUUGAUGGGGAGAUCCUCGGUGGCUGGGCUAGAGUUCUCAGCAUGGACCGCAAUCGCAAGUUGGGGUGGCACGGCUUCGUGAGCACCAAGGAAGCCAUCAAGCAGGUAUUCACUGAUAUGGCCGACCUCAAGAUGACCCCCCCUUUUCCACGGUCGACGUAG